UCCACUUCGACACGAUUCCACACAGUCCACACGUGUUGUGAGAAGCGUUUUGUGAUUUUUAUGUAGCACAUUCAGGAUCUCCGGUAUCUAAAAUGAAGCCUUUAGUCCCAUCAACAUGCGAAACAAAUUCAGUGGUUGAUGCUGUUAGCAAGGGAACGAGACUGGAUGGAAGAGAGCUACUGGAUCACAGAGAGGCAACAAUCCAGUUUGGCAGAGAAUAUGGAACCUGCCAAAUCAGGCUUGGCAACACCAGAGCGUUGGCCACUGUGCGCGCCGAGCUGGGCACGCCGCGGCCGUCCCGGCCCAACGAGGGCACCCUGCAGGUGGCUGUGGAUGUCACAUCCACGGCGGCGCCCGGAGCAGACCGAUCCAAUGACCUGACCGUCGGCCUGGAACGGCUGCUCGAGCGGUGUCUGCGCGAGUCGCGCUGCGUCGACCAGGAGUCGCUCUGCGUCGUCGCCGACGAAAAGGUGUGGCAGCUGCGUCUGCACGUGGAGCUGCUGGACCUGGGCGGUAACGCGUGCGACGCGGCGGCGCUGGCCGCGCUGGCGGCACUCUGUCACUUCCGUCGUCCGCACGUGUCGGUGACGGGCGGCGAGGUGCGCCUGUGUCCGGCCGACGAGGCCGAGCCCGUGCCGCUCGCCGUGCUCCACAAGCCGGUGCUGGUCACAUUCGCCUUCUUCGGAGACGGUCAGCAUUUCGUGGCGGACCCGACGGAGAUCGAGGAGCGGGCCUCCGAGGGUCUUCUGACGGUCGGCAUGAACUCGUACCGGGAGAUCUGUACGCUGCACCUCACCGGCAAACUGCUGCUCAACAAACAGCAGGUGCUGGAGUGCACCGAGCUGGCGGCGGCGCGCGCCCGCUCACUGACCUCCCAGCUGCGGCGCGCGCUGACCGCUGACGAGGCGGAACGGACCGCGAUACACCCGUUCCCGGGUCUGGCCCGGGUGGAGCUCGAGCGGAUGGCCACGGCGGCGGCCAGCGUGCGGCUGAGCGGCGCCGUGCGCGGCCCGGCGCUCACCGCCGAACAGAUCUCAGAGAUGGAGAAGGAGGUGGACGAGAAGUUAUCUGUGUUCCGGCACAAGGACAUGGCCGCGGCAGCGGAGAUCGGACAGGGAGGUGCCAGCCAGUGGGGACCGCCGUCAGAUGACGAGGAGGGAGAUCAGGACGAGAUGUGGCCGCGGACGGCAGAGACACCGGCCAAGACCGCGCCGGCAGCCUCGGACUCAGACAGCGAGGGUGAGCAGACCGUGCUGCACCCAGAGGACCUGGAGCCGCACGCCGAGCCCGGCACCGGUAAAGGUCUCCGGUGUCCCAUGCCGGUCCGGUAGUGGGGUGGGGCGAGGGGCCAGGGUUCGGGUGGGGGGUCACUGGGACAGGAAGCGGUGUACUCAGCUGAUGGUGUGUGUGGUGUAAAGGCCGUCAGCUGGUUGAAUAUGGAUGUUCCAGUCGCACUUCCUAACACCUCUAAACUCCUCCAAGAUUGCUUCCCUGUUCCAGUGGCAGCUUUCGCCCCUACAAAGCCAAGAAGGGCCCUGCUCCAACGUCCUCCUCUAUCUUGCUCUUGGAGGAGUUUAGAAGCGUUAGGAAGUGCGACUGGAACAGACCCUAUGACGGCCAACAGUGUUUGAGCGUUGAGCGGCAAGGUAACCGCGCCGCAGCGUCAUAUCGAACUAAUGCGAGGCUGGCUGACAACUCUCAUGUGUGCGGGUACGUAAUUGUUGGCCUUUUUAAAAUUGAGAACGUCUUUUGCGGUGAUGGUUUCGUGAGGAUGGCAGGAGCGGGCGGCGAAUUACGAAGCGAGUGAAAAGCCGGUAGGUCAUAUCUUGAAAAGCCGGUAGGUGUCGCCGAGUCGCUUGUGGCCCGUCGUUCAUAUGUGCCCUUUGUUCGCGAGGAACCGGCCUGUACAAUGCAUAUUUGUGUUCGCAAAUACACCGUUUCAUCUAGACAGA